AAGCUGGUAAGCCUUAAUAGAAAUAAGAUGAAAGUUAUGAAGGCACAUUGUGUUGAUGCAACUAUGCAAUUUAUUUAUUUUUUGCAACCACCUACAGAAAGACUAGAAAAAAAAACAAUAAACCACAAAAAUGUGAAGUAGUGUUAAUUAAGUGUUGAGGGAAAAGACAAUUAAACACAAGGAUAAAUUUAUAAAAAAAAAUAUUAGAAAUAAUGAGAAAAGUGAACUAGCGAUAACAUGAGCAUAGAGACUGAUAUGUGAAUAUGGAAGAAUGGAUGAAAUCAAACCAAAGAUGGCUGAAACUCAGGACCACCGUUCAGCUCUCGGGCGCCCUCUCCUCGUCCAUGAACCGGGCCAAACCACCGCUCAAGCGAGAGGACUCCUUCAUCAAGAGGUUCUCCACACGACAGAUAGCCGAGCUUCAGGACACCGUCGACCAGACAGAUGAGGAGGACGUUAGUAAAAAUUCCACCGGAUCUCCAAAGAUUCGAAAAAAGAAGAGGCAACGGCAACCAAGAACAGUUAUCAAUCCGUAUGGAAACGUUUUCUUCUAUUGGUUGUGUAGCUUAACUAUCUGCGUCCUGUAUAACCUGUGGACGCCCAUAGUGAGACAAGCCUUUCCGGAACUUCAGAGGAAACCGCAGCCCAUGUGGUACCUACUCGACGGGCUAACCGAUAUCGUGUUCGUGGUGGACAUCUUCGUACAGUUUCGAACCGGCUAUCUAGAACAAGGUCUUAUAGUGUACGACUUUAAGAAGCUGGCAAGACACUACAUGCAGUCCAAAAGUUUUAUGCUGGAUAUAGUGUCACUUAUACCUUUAGAUUUUUUACAAAUAGUGCUCGGUCCGCAGCCGUUAAUAAGAUUUCCAAGAUUCAUCAAAGUGUACCGUGUCUAUAACUACUACUACAUGGUAGAAUCGAGGACACUCUACCCCAACAUGUGGCGUGUCGUCAACCUCAUUCACAUUCUGCUUCUCCUCGCUCACUGGUUCGGCUGUUUCUAUUACAUGUUAUCGGAGGCUGAGCAGUUCGUAGGGGAGUGGACCUACCCUUAUGACAGUAGUCCUGAUUUUCAAACGUUAUCAAGAAUGUAUCUGGGAUCGGUAUACUGGUCAACGCUCACCCUCACUACGAUAGGGGACCUGCCGACACCGGAGACAAACAGGCAAUAUAUUUUUACCAUAGUUAGCUACCUGAUAGGAGUCUUCAUCUUCGCUACUAUAGUCGGUCAAGUAGGCAACGUUAUAACGAAUCGCAAUGCAAACAGAUUGGAGUUCGAGAGAUUAUUGGACGGAGCCAAGCUGUACAUGCGGCAUCACAAGGUUCCGAGAGCGAUGCAAAGGCGUGUACAACGAUGGUAUGAUUAUUCGUGGUCUCGGGGAAGGAUACAAGGCGGCGGGGACAUCAACACCGCCCUGGGCCUCCUGCCGGACAAACUCAAGACGGAGCUGGCCCUUCACGUCAACCUCCUCACACUCAAGAAGGUGAGCAUCUUCAAGGAGUGUCAGCCUGAGUUCCUCCACGACCUGGUGCUCAAAAUGAAAGCCUACAUCUUCACUCCGGGCGAUCUCAUCUGUCGCAAGGGAGAGGUCGCCAGGGAAAUGUUCAUCAUCGCCGACGGCAUCUUAGAAGUGAUAAGCGAGACGGGGAAAGUUCUCACCACAAUGAAGGCAGGCGAUUUCUUCGGAGAAAUUGGAAUCCUUAACUUAGACGGUCUGAACAAGCGAACGGCAGACGUCCGGUCGGUGGGAUACUCGGAGCUCUUCAGCCUCUCGCGCGAAGACGUCCUCAUGGCCAUGAAGGAUUACCCGGAGGCCCAGGAAAUCCUCCAAAGCCUGGGGCGCAAGAGGCUGAUGGAGGCGCGCCACCAAGCCUCCAAGUCGGGCUCCUCGGGCUCCAGCAAGCGAGGGACGCCUUCGCCCAACAAGGAGAGCGGCCUCGAGGACAAGAACGCCAAGAAGAUCGUGAGUCGGCUGCGCUCCGACGUGACCGCCAUCAGAAACGCCUUCAGGAGGAGUAAAGGGACCACCAGGUACACGGAGACAUUGGAACAAGACCAUAUUACAGAGCGCUCAACGGACAAUGAGACCCUCGAACUGGAGCCGCUAACGGCAGAACACCGCGCAAGCCUGGAGGACGAGGCGCCCGUCAAGCGUAUACUGAAACACCCAAGCCAAAAGCGACACUCUACUCGACUCGACAAGCGUGUGUCCUUCAGACACCCAAGUCAAAAGAGACAGUCAACUCGAGCCAGCAAGCGGGUGUCAUUCAGGAGGAUCAGCGGCCGCAGCGGCAGCGACUCCUCGACGGGGACGCGGGGCGUGCUCAAGCGGAUGGCCAGGGUCACCAGCGACGAGGUCACGCAGGCCGUGAGUCCGGGGCGGGUGCCGUCCAACGAGGAGCCGCAGGGCGUGCUGGGGGCGGGCCUGCCCCUCCUGCAGCGCCUCAAGCUCCUCGACGGCAGCCAGCCGCCGCAGGAAGGCGCCAAGGAAGAGCAGCCGCCGAAGCCGCAGCCGGAGAGACUGGUCAGCGUCGACAAGGAGGGCGCCAAGCCGAGCGAGGCCAAGGCCGAGGUCGUGGAGGCCAAGCCGCGGCCGGGCGGCCUCCUGAAGGGAAGACUCAGGGCGGCGGUGCUCACCAAGGCGCCGCCGCCGACACUCCCGAUCAUGGAGGUGACGCCGUCGGGAGAGGCUGCCUCGCCGUCGGCGUCGGCCGACAAGGACAAGGCCCCGUCGCCGACCGCCGAGGAGAAGGAGAAGGCCGACGCGGCAGCCAAGCCGACGGCCAUCAAUGACCUGAACAAAGGUGUCGAGAAAAAGUCUCCCGAAGGCGAAAACGGAGAUAGGUUAGGUAGUGAGAAACCCCUAGACUCAAAGGACAUUCACGCGAACAGUAACAGCGUGCAGGGCGGCCAGGCUUUGGAAAGAGCUUUCGGAAAACUUUUAUCGAAAAAGCUAAACACUGCCCCCAGGGAACGGACCAGUCCGACUGUGAUAGAGAACCCGGUAGACGAUGGACUCAAGGUGCAAAAUACAACGAGCAAAGAAAAGAUAAGUCGAAGUGAUAGUUUUAAGCGCGCCAUGGACGAGGGCCUCAUCCGGAGCACGGAGGAGCCGGACCUGAACAUCAAGCCGUGCGAGGAGCCGCACGAGGCCGAGGCGGCGCCCCCGGAGAGCGAGGCCGACGCCCCGACGCCGGAGACCGCCGACAAGAAGGCCGCGGAGGAGCAGGCGCUCGAGGCCGAGAAGAAGCUGGAGGCGGAGGGCAAGGAGCGGCUGGAGCGGCUCAUCAGGCGCUGCGGCAGCGAGCGCAGGAGGAGCAGCUCGCCCAAGCUCGCCCGCACGCUGACGUCUCGCCAGCACCACAGGGUCGACUCCCUCAAGGUACCAAGCGACGACGUCUCCCCCCCACUGUCCUCUCCCGAGAGCACCGAGACGCCGGAGAGAAAGUCUUUGAAAAGUAUAUUAAAACGCAUGUCUCGGGAGGACUCCAGAGGAAACCUAUUGCCCCCUGAUGGUGCUGAUCUUCGGAAACUCAUGAAAGCUCCGACGGUGGAAGGCUUUGUCGCCAGAAGAUCAAAGCUCAGUAAAUCCGUGUCGUUCCAGCGGAAGACCCUCGCCUCGCCGCCGCCGCCAGCUCUUCUGGACGAACUAAAGAGCUCGCAAGUUGACGGCUCUGGCAACGGGGCUCCCCUUAUUACCUCUGUGUUGCCUUCAGUUCCGUCUAAAGAGUCAGCGAAGGAAAGUCGAAGCGCGACCACGGACGGAGUCAACAAACUUAUGGCAAAGCUUGGUUCCAUGGGGCUGGACGGGUCCCCGGAUACUCAGACUCAGGACCUAGUCAUAGGUGUCAGAAAGAUUCUGAGAGACAAAAUGGAUGACGUAGAGGUUGCUUGGGUACAGCGGGUGGAAGAACUCCAGCAGCAGGUGGCGGCGAGGGACGCGACCAUCCGGCACUUGACCCACACGAUCUCGCGGCUCCAGGCGAGCGUGGGGGUAGAGCCCAGGAUAGCCGAGGGCAGCCUUCCCGCCGGAGAACUGGUUCCGUGCCCCUCCAUUAUUAGGUCGUCCUCGUCAGAUGCCAGCACGGACGGGUCGGACGAUGACGAGCCCCUCUUCAUGAGGUGUAACUCCAUUGAGUCUAUCAUCCACCAGUCCCCCGAGGAGUCUCCCGAGGGCGGCCACGUGCCUCUCGGCCCCCGACAAUCAUGGCCGAGGCAGGGUUCCUUGGAACAGGUCGGUCACAGAGCCCAUUUCGCUAAGUCGCUCGACGAUCCCCGAACCCACGGCCAGAUCGUGCUUGAUAUCGGAUCCUCCACCGACGAAGAACUCUACUCCUUUGACUCGGAUGAGGAUCACGUGAUCUAUGGGGACCUCAUGGGAGACCUUGAGGACAGCUUUGAGAAUGACUUGUCUGGUGCUGAGGAGGAGGACAUCUUCCCUGUGCUGCUCAGCUCACAAGAUUGGGAAGUCCAACUGCUCGCCAAACAGCUGGCGGAAGAGCAGCGAGGCGUAGCUCGACUGAUUGACCGGGACAUUGCUGAGGGACGCCUUGACUCAGCUUUGGCGGAGCUUCAUGAAGCUCUCGCAUCGGAUAAUCUGGGGCCUCUCAGUGAUAUUGACCUUGCAAGGUUAGAGAAAGCUGUCAGACGUGAACGCGAGAAGUUACGUAGAUAUGCCCGUAUGUACAGCUUAGAUGAAAGGCCCGUGUUAGAGGAUCAGUUUACAUCACUAUAUCGCAGUCGAUCUCAACUGCUUCUCAACCGCAGCUCCGAGCUGUGUCGCGCCGGGCCAACUGAAAGGCGACUGUCACUCCUGCUGGAUCAGUUAACCAAGAUGCCCCCAGCAGAGCAAUUCCUCCUGGACCGCCUGGUGUACACCACUGCCCGAAGGCGAAAACUCUCUCGUCAACGAUCCCUUUGCGACGAACAACUCGCUUCUUACGAUACUGCCUGCACUCCAAUCAGUAAUAAAUCAAAAUUCUCCAUGGCUGCCCGCCGGUCGAUGAGCGUGUGUUCUCCACCCCCCGGAUCGGCCCCGGCUGCCUUCAGAGAAACGCCUCCCCCCUCGGCCCCCACCUCCGGGCGGGGGUCCACGAGUGAGGGAGGUCCUCCCACGGUGUCGGCAAUGCUGGCUUCCUUGCAGCGAUCAGUGGUUGCCAUUUCCACCCGUGGUCGAGGCUCAACCAGUAGCCAAGGCUCUCACAAAGAAGGAGCCCCGCUUCUACGGCCACCUAGGUAACGCAGCAGUAGCAAUAUGAUGGUCAACUGACCGCAAGUCCACAGUAAUAAGUGACAGGAGCAAUAGCGGCAUUUGCCACAUCUGUCUGACUGCAACAAAACACUAAUCAAAAGUGUUCACAAGCUACAUGAUUAAGUUUUAUGAAAAAAAAAACAUAAACAGCUCAGUUUACUCAAUGUUGCAAUGCUUCAAACUGUAUAUCCUAAGUGAAACAAUUCAGUUAUGAAUAAAAGUAUUUGUUUUAUUAUUAUAUGGGCUGUUAUCAUAGAAAAUAAGCUGUUAUACUUCAUCCUCCCAUCAGCAUCAGAUCUGACUACAACUGCUACUGUUACAACUGAUAUUAACAAGACUGCUGCUCUAACGCGGUUGUUUGCUUAGGUAGAUAUAUCUCAAAGGGCUUCACUGUAUAGUAGAGCUUGAUUUCCAGUCACAACAAGCAAUGAAAUAUCCAAUUUAUUCCACAAUCGAAACUGCUCACGAAGAACUGUCAAGGCAGUUGCAGAAAAGCAUGAAACCCCAACAUAUAAACAUGAGGUUUUCACCAGCCUACAGUAAACUACCUAGCCUACAACUGCGCCAGCUACAUCAACUCCCUCAUUUUUUGCACUUCUUAGCUUGAAUUGUAUUAUCACAAAUUUGUAUCUACAUACCAUACAUCCUUGAAGCCACUAAAGGACGUGGUUCCAGGAGAAAGGCUCGGGUAACAAGGACAUUUCUAAACAUAGGUUUCUUUCUCCUCCAUAAAAAAAAAUAGUGUUCUUCAUAAACUAGUCAUUUUUCAUAAACAUAUUUCAACAGUAUUUGGAAUAGAUUGUUGUUCCUUCUACUUGAUUUAAAUGAAUUAUGAAAAAGAUAACACAUAUAAUACAAUGCUCAUAAGGCUUUGAGAUAUAUUAUCAGUGUAAAGCUUCCUACACAGUAUAUAAUACACUCAGAUCAUAGUUCUCUAUAUGCCAAGGAAACUACAAAUACUUUCCAUCCUCAUCCUCAUAUGUAUAUAUUUUAUACACAUGCACAUGCUACAAAUCAAAUAACUUUCAGACCCUUCAGCUGGAAUCUAAGGCAUGCAGCGUGUUAAGGAGGCCUUUGGCAUUCCACAUUGGAGAAAGACGACAGAUUUUCAUUCUUGAAGUGGAAUUCAUCUCACUCUGUUUCCACCAUACUGAGAGUUCCGUCUUGUCUGCAGUUAAUACACUUUGCUCCGAACAUAUAACAUUAAUGUUAAAUUAAUGAUCAAAGGCUUUGUUGACAUGCCAAUAGAGAACAUGGUAAUAAAGAUAUAUACAUUUCCAUGCAUAUAAUGUACAUAUAUGAAAAAGUAAUAUGUUAAUUUAGAGAAAGAUUAUUUAUGAUGCUAAUUAUUAUGAAAUAUUUGCUUGCAGACUUCAAUAUUGUUUAACAUGAAUAUAAAUCUGUAUGAAAAAAUCCCAAUGUUACAUUUUCACCUACAAAAGAGAAAGUACGUCAUUUAAGGUAAUUGCGACAGAUUUGCAGCAAAAAUAGCUUCAAAAUAAGAAUCAUCCCAAAAGACAGAGUGGACCCCACUUCCAAUCAUGUAAACCAAAAAUUGAACAUAAUUUUUACCGUGGAUACUCAUGUAAUCUGUCACAGUAGAAUCCUUAAUGAGAACUUUCCUUGUUUGCGUAUUACCUGGCAAACUGUUGAAUUUGCUUUAUAAAUAUGUUGUUUUCUAUACUAUAUGUAAAUAUGGGAAAUAGAUUUAUUUCACUUACAUGGAGA